AUGGAGAGCGCCCAGGCACCUCCCUAUGUCGGCUUGUACCCGUACCUACAACGGUUCGAACGGGACUUCGACUACCAGAGCGCGAUGGCAUGGAUGAACGCAAACUGGACACAGUGUGUACACUGGUCUGUGUUCUACGUUCUGAUGAUUUUGCUCGGACAACGGUGGAUGCAAAACAGGACAAAAUACGCGCUGAGAGGCCCGCUGAUCUGCUGGAACCUCCUAUUAGGACUGUUCAGCGUCUUGGGGACAGUUCGGUUCGUCCCGCCGCUUGUGGCCGACGUCAGGGAACACGGGUUCGAGUGGACGCUCUGCAGCGCCGCCUGGUACAGGGACCCGGUACUGCACCUGUGGGGGAGCGCGUUCGCCUUCAGCAAAGUCUUGGAGUUCGGCGACACCGCCUUCAUCAUCUUAAGGAAGCAGAAACUGAUCUUUCUUCACUGGUACCAUCACGUCACCGUCUUGUUCUACGUCUGGCUGUCUUACAAGGAGCAACUGGCGGGAGGAAGGUGGUUCAUAGCGCUCAACUAUGGAGUGCAUGCGACGAUGUACAUGUACUACGCAGCCCGUGCCGCAGGCAUAUACAUCCCCAGGAAGGUUGCCAUGGCGAUAACGUCAUCGCAGACCCUACAGAUGGUGAUUGGCUGCAUCAUCAACUACGUCAGCUACAGGCUGCUCUUUGUGGACAAAGUGCCCGGAUGCAACGCCAGUCUGACUAACAUCAUUGUGUCUAGUGUUAUGUACUUCAGCUACCUUCUACUCUUCCUGCACUUCUUUUAUGGUGCCUACGUUGUCAAGAAAUCUAAACAGAAGAAACAGCAGUAGCUAUAUACAGAAAGCAGUAGUUACUACGAA